AUGGGGGGCUCUGAUCCCCGCUUUGCACACCUGCACGGAGGCGUGGCCUCGGGAGUGCCCGAGGGUCGGGCCGCAGGGCCCGUGGCCCGGUCACUGGGGGGCUCCCGGACCCCUGACCCGGCAGCCUGCUGCGCGGGCCCCCGGCCUGGGCUCGAACUGACCCCAUCCCGGACCCGCAGCCAGAACCUGCGGGCGGCCGAGUACCCGCCGGCCGGCAGCCAGGUGCCGGACGCCAUCCCCGCGGUCUUCUUCCUGCGGGUGCUGCUGGAGGACACCGGGGAGAUGUUCCGCGUGACCAACUGCCGCCGCGACAUGACCGUGCGUGAGCUCAAGGAGGAGCUGGACCUGCUCCUGGGCAUCCCCUUCAACCUCCAGCGGCUGCAGUACCUGGACCAAGGAAUACUGAUGGACGACACCACGCUCAAGUUUCACGACGUUGUUCCUGGCGGGGUUCUCUCUCUGUGCGUCUGGCACUAUGACGGAUGGACAGAGCUGGUCGUGGCCGCCGUGGAGGGGGACCCUGCUAAGCUCUGCGGGCUCGGUGUGGUCGAGGGCUCCUUCUUCCGGACGGCCAACUCGCAGCACUUUGACGAGGGCCAGUGGCGGCGGUGGAUGGCCCAGCGGGCCUUCGUGGCCUUGUACAUCUCUUCCCACAGAGGCCACGUGGAAGCUGUGCAGUACCUUCUAGAAAAGGGAGCCAACUGUCUGGGCAAGUCCCCCCUGGGCAGGACGCCGCUGCACGUGGCCGCAGCCAUGGGCCAGCUGGACUGCAUCACCCUGCUGCUCAGCUUCGGCGCCUCCACCAGCAUCAAGGACGCCAAGGGGGAGACCCCGCUGGCCGUGGCCCGCCGGCUGAACCGCAAGCAGAGCGAGCGCCGCAUGUUUCUGUUCUCCUGGAAGAGCAAGACCGGGGGGAAGGACCCGGCGCAGCUGCUCACGGGCCCCGAGUUCCAGAAGGCCAAGUCUGGGCUCGGCCUCAAGCAGAGGAUGGGGACAUAG